UACAUUCAAAAUUUGUAAAUUCACCAUGACCGUGGCUACAUUAUUGGUAACGGAUGGCAAAUCUUCAAUGGACGACUCAAUGGAUGUGUGUAGCACUAAACUUGUAUCUAACAAUACAGGUCUUAGUGCUGUAAGAAGAAUUUGCAGUCACAAAAUAUGCUGCAUAAUCUUAUUAGUCCCUUUGAUACUACAACUUUAUCUUCUUGUGUGCACAAUCAAGCAACUGGAUAAAGCAUCAGAUUCUGAUUCUAAAGCGUGUUUCAAAUCAGCAAAUUCUAUAUGGAUGCCAUACAAACACGACCGGAAACAAGAUCACACGGAUGUCACACGAUUUUCCUGCUUCGCUUUUGACCACAGGUUAUCCUAUCUUAUAGACUUUCUGGUUGCAGCAAACAAGUCUACGAAUUACAUUCCUGAUCAGACAGAGAGUGCAGAUCGUGUGUGGCCAAAAUACACACGACCUACGACCCAAAUCUUACAUUUCCGUGGACUCGAAGGCUCAAGAAGACAGUCUCAGGAAUUCAGACAAAAGUUAAAUGACAAAAAUGGAGUCAGCGUUUUAGAGAAUGGACAUGUGGAGAUCAAUGAAGACGGUAUCUAUCAUAUUUAUGGUAUUGUAACCUUCGUCCGUACAGAAGGCAACGCAAAACCACUGAAGGACGAGUAUCGCUUAUACCGGAAACGUCAGGAAAAUCGCACAGUCCUUCUAUCUGAGAUAGUCGGACAGAUACAGUAUGGACAUAUAGACUCCUACAAGACAUUGGAUCUAUCUGGAAAUUUCGAAUUAAUGAAGGGGGACAUAUUAUUUCCUGUUAUUAAGAAUAUCUCAUCGGUGUAUGCUUUUACAGCUGCUAACUACUGGGGAGUUUACCAAGUAAUCAACCACAGGGAUAUCUUGUAUGAUAAACACUAUAAUCAUCAAUCACACUAACUGUGAUUAGAAUUAGUGAAACCAAUAAGUUAGAAAUACUUUGUAUGUUCACAAUGGUUACAUUCUAUUUCUAGCACCUUAUGGAUACCUAAUGAAAAUUUUGAGAGAUAUUAAUGAUAUACAGAAACAUCUGUUCGAUGACUCAGAUUUUCUGAUGUUGUUUGAACAAUAAUAGCGUUAUUUCAGUAUUCAGACGUGAACCCACUCGGUUUCAUAUUUCUUACCAACGAUACUUUACAAUAUUUGGAGCAAAUAUCACGAUUAAUAUCGGAAUAUUGUACUUAUAUUACAUGAUAUGUCAUUUGUGAGUGUCCGUAUCUGUCAUCGACAGGAUGCUCUAAUCGACAAGAACAUAAAUAAAGUCAUUAAAA